UCAUCCCUGUUCUGAGAGAUCUUGCAGGUGGAUUUUGAGAUGGAAGAAUUGCUGGGGAUGCAGUUUAUUACGUGGCAGGUUGAAUAUCCUGGAGGAAGGACGUCUGACCUCAGCAUCUCCAAGAUUUAUGUCAGCCAGAAGGAUCUCGUUGGCAUUCUUCCCUUAGCUAUGGAAGCAGAGAUCUUAAACACGGCCAUCCUCACUGGGAAGACGGUGGCUGUCCCUGUUAAGGUGGUCUCGGUGGAAGAAGAUGGAACAGUGGCUGAUCUUGUAGAGUCCGUGGAGUGCAGAUCCUCAGAUGAAGAUGUCAUCAAGGUGUCCGAAAGAUGUGACUACGUAUUUGUCAAUGGGAAGGAAAUGAAAGGCAAAGUGAAUGUGGUGGUCCAUUUCACCUACCAACAUCUGAACAGCCCCCUGGAGUUGACUGUGUGGGUUCCCCGCCUCCCACUGCAGAUUGAAAUCUCUGACCCAGAGUUAAAUCAGAUCAAGGGCUGGAGGAUCCCCAUUGUUUCUAACAAGAGAUUAGUUAGAGACAGCGAUGAUGAAGAGGAGGAUGAGAGGAAGGGAAGAGGUUGUACUCUCCAGUACCAGCAUGCAACAGUGCGGGUCCUUACCCAGUUUGUAGCUGAGCCCUUGGACCCUGGUGGUCAAACUACUUACCUGUUGGGCUCCGACUGGCAAGUGGACAUCAGUGACCUGGUAAAGAAUUUCAUGCAAGUGGAAGAGCCGAGGAUUGCCAAGCUGCAAGAUGGACAGGUGCUAAUGGGACAGGAGUUAGGAAUGACUACCUUACAGAUCCUGUCCCCACUUUCCGAUGCCAUCUUGGCAGAGAAGACGGUGACCGUCCUUGAUGAGAAGGUGACCCUCACUGACCUGGGGGUCCAACUGGUGUCCGGUCUUUCGCUCUCCUUACAGCUGAGCACCGGAAGCAACAAAGCCAUCUUCGCUACGGCCAUCGCCCAAGAACUGCUUCAAGCAGAAAAGCAGGAAGCUGUGAUCAGUUGCUGGAUCCAGUUCAGCGAUGGAGCAGUUGUGCCCUUAGAUAUUUACGACGCCAAGGAUUUCUCUUUGGUGGCCACGUCUCUGGAUGAGAAGGUGGUCUCCGUCCACCAGAGUCCCAAGUUUAAGUGGCCGUUCGUCGUGGCCGAGUCAGAAGGCCAGGGUCUCUUGGUGAAAGUGGAGCUGGUGAUCAGCGAAUCCUGUCAGAAGUCCAAAAGGAAGAGUGUCCUGGCCGUGGGUACUGGAAGCAUCAAGGUCAAGUUUGGUCAGAACGACACCAUCCCAAACCCAAGUGACAGUAAGCCUGGCGGAGACGGUGUCCAUCUAGAGAACCGGACCAAGAACCGGACCAGCGAUCGGCGUCAGAAGACAAGCCUGCAGGAGAGAUCUCGCCCACAGGGACCUUACUACAGUUCCUCCAUGGGACAUGAAGAAACCAGAGCCAGUAGCACUACUCAGAAGUCCAUUCUAAGUAAGAAAGAAGACCGGGAGAGUCUCCUAGAUGACGACGGUCACAUGCAAAGUCUUCCGGUAGACUUCACCAGUUUUCCAGCUCAGGUAGACCUGCCCAGGAGCAAUGGAGAUUUGGAAGACGACGAUCCUGAUGAGACACCCAGGGGCUUAAGUGACUUGGAAAUUGGGAUGUAUGCUUUGCUCGGUGUCUUCUGCUUGGCCAUUUUGGUGUUCCUCAUUAACUGUGUCACCUUUGCCUUGAAAUACAGGCACAAGCAGGCUCCAUUUGAAGAGCAAGAAGGCCUCAGACACUCUCAUGACUGGGUGGGACUGAGUCAUAGAACUGAGCUGCUGGAGAACCACCUCAAUUUCUCCACCCAACAGGAGGAAUGCAUUACAGCCAUUGACCGGAGCGUGGAUUUAGAAGAAAGCAAAUAUCUCCUUAGUGCCAACUCUCAGAAGAACCUCAACGGCCAAGUCUUCCGAUCCACGGACUCUGCCCCCUCCCCGGAAGGGAAGGAGCAGAGGAACGAACCAGCCACCUCCCCCACCUCCAAACGGAAACGUGUCCAAUUUACCACCUUCACCACCAUCUCUUCCGAUGGUGGGUACCCAACGGUCAACUCCAUUUUGACCAGCAGCGAGGACGAUAUCAAGUGGGUUUGUCAAGACAUGGACUUGGGAGAAUGUAAAGAACUAAGGAACUACAUGGAACAGCUACAUGAAAAAGUGUAA